GAGAUCCUUCUGACCGGUCUUUUUCUUACGGGCACAGGUCUAACAAGAUGUUACUGCAGUGCAUUCGUUUCAUUCUUUGUACUCUUCUCAUGGUGAUUGAUACUUCUUGUGAUGUACUUUAUCGUCAAAAUGUACAGUCUAGGUAUCCAGGCACACCCGCAUUGCCGUUCCCCACUUGCAACUCCAAUGAUAUCGCGUGUUUACGACGAGGAUUAAGAACAUUUUUCAUUCUAAUGAACAGUGGUUAUGUGGGUAUGAAACCCAUUGAUCCAAUCAUCCUCGAUAGCGUCGCAAUCUCUCUUCCUGAGCAACAAAUGUCCUUUUUACUGAGAAGAGCAAACGUCGCGGGAACUAAAUGGACACGGCUAGCCGAUAGAAAAUUUUAUUUAGAUGGCGGCAAAAGUGGAGUCACGUUCAACACAGACCUUCACGUAACCGGAGAAUUCAGUAUCUCGAUGGCAACGCGACUAGAACCUUACAUCGCCUAUAUUACUAUGGAUAUUGAGAAUGUAGAAACUAAUAUCACGUAUGGCUGGUCGACUCAACGGGGAAUUGACAAGGAAGAUUACAUCUUCAUCGGACCAGAAAGAAUAGCUGUAAGAAACGUGCGACUUCCAACAUUCUUUUUAGAACCAAACUCCGAAGAUUCCAGAAUCAUUGAAAAGAUGUUACACGCUAAGCAAUCAGUUUUGGACCAUAUAGCUGAUGAAAUAACAGCGGCUGUGAUGCACAAUGUUGUUGAUAACUUUAGACUGUUUGCUAGCAAAGUUCCAAUAAAGUAUUAUUAUAAUUACUAAAUACAAAAUACAUAAGAAAUUAAUGUUAUUUAUUU